GAGCGACGGGCGGUGUCCCACCUUGUGUCCUGCGGUGGCUAACAGCCCGGGGUGGAAGGCCGGAGGCGGGAGGCGCGCGCGAGGGGCGGGGUUCUGCCCCCCCAGAGGCCGGGGGCGGGCCGGUCGCUGCCCCUGCUCCGCGGGCGGGGCGCCGGGGGCGCGCGGCCACACCUGGGGCUGCGCGUCCCGCGCUUUCCGGAGCGCGGCUGGAGUUUGCUGCUGGAACCAGUGAAGGGACCAACGGAUGAAUGACCCCCCUGCCAGCAUGGGGGCCCCGGGUCUCCGCGGAGCCACGCACCGCGCGGGCUGCCCUCGCAGCCUGGGGCAAGCGGGGUCCGUUCCGCCCAAGGUGGGGCGCGGGCCCCGCCUGGCCGCGGGAGCCCCGAAUCCCGGGGCAGGCGGAAGCCCGGGCGGCGGCCACGAGGACUGCGGGGCCGGGCAGAAUCUGGACUCCGUGUCCAGGGUAAGAGAGAAAGUGCUCUUUCUUCUUCACCCAGAGAGAGGGCUGGGGACUCACGUGGACCCUGCGCGGCUGGAGGCAGCCGGUGGGGAGGACGGUUCUCAGGCGGGCGGAGACGACCCGGAGAGCCCUGCUCCUCACUUACCACGACAAAAGCGGGUUCCUGGCGGCCACGCGGACCCUCCCGCCGGAGCCCCGCCGCGGGACCCCGCAGCCACACCCAAAUCCGUGCUUGUGCGGGUGGUGGAUUAUCAGGUGACACAAGAAGUCCUGUGCACUGCGUGGACGAAGGGAUGCCUGACCUCACGGACAGAGGAGCGCUCCAUGACCAUGGUCACGUUUCGCACCAACAAGGAGUGAGGCGGGUUGUGGGGCGCAGGGAGUCCACGCGGCCGAGAGACGAUCUUUCCAGGGCCACAGGGACCUGAUUUCCCAAGGAGAUUAAAGAGGAAGGAGGAGCCCCAGGAAUGUUCUGGGCUGAGGGACAAACGGUAAUCCUCAAGAAAAGAAAACGCUCUGCUGCAACCCAACCUGCAAUUAACCCACGGCAGGGACCUUUAGAGACUGCGCGGGUGCUUGGGGAGGCAGCGGAUGGCACCCAGGGCACAUACAAGACAGAACUGGAAACAACGUAUUACUUCGUCUGUGGCUUAAAUACUGUGAGGGUCUGGAGACCUACCGCAUUUCACCAGAGGGGAAGAAAAGGUUUUCCUGAUCCAAGCAGAACGCUGUCCUGUGAGCAGCCUGAGGAUUCUCUCCCAUUUGCAGUGUCCUGGGAAUGAGUCCCGAGGGAGCCGUGGGCAUCCUCAAUCCUGAGGUGUCUCUGAGAGUGGCAGGGUCCUGGCUCUCUGCCCUCACCUCCGUCUCACCGGAAAAUGUGGCCAUCUAAAAUGGCCUUAGGUGGAUGAAUCACACCAAGGACUUCCAGAAGCCACCCAUCCCCUCAGGAGACCAAGAGACAAAUAUCACAGUCACAUAAGCACCACGGGUCAGGCAAGUCAACGUCUUUCAAAAUCUUGGUCCCCCAACUCCACCACUUUUGAGAUUCAUUACAUAUGACUUGCUGCUCUUAUUCUUGUUGGUUCUCACCAGCACUUUGUGGCCUUUUGCUUAGAAAGAGACAAGGUUUUUUUAUUAAAACAAAAAGUUAUAUUCACUGUAGAAAAGUUUGAGGAAAUAUUAUUUUGCUAGGGAAAAGAAAAAUGGAAUAAAAGAAAACAAAAACCCAUGAACCCACAUCUCUUUUCAUAUUUGGUAUGUUUUUUUUUCUUUCAUUCUAUUUUUAUGUAUGAAUACAUACACUUUUCUGAGCAUAAACUGUGUGUGAAAUCGGAGUAUCGUCUUUAUAGGAAACUAACGUAUGCUGAUGCUGCUCAAGGAGUAGUCUGCGGGCCAGCAGCACAGACAUCUUCAGGCAAGUUUCUGGAAAAACAGAGGUCAGGCCCCAGCCCAGACCCACUGAGUCAGAAUCUACAACUGCAAGAUCCCCAGGGGAUUCACAGUCAAGUCUGAGAAGCUCUGACAUAAUUGCUGUAUGUAGCCCUGUAUCCUAUUUUGUCACUUACAAAAACGAAAAAGUUUUUAUUGUUCAUAGAUUCCUGCUUAAUUGUUAACAAUGCCAUGGAAAUGAUACUUUGUGGAAUUAUGGAAACACUUAGAGAUUACAAAAAAAGUCUAGUAUAUAUUGAUUAGUGACUUGGCAAAGAAAGAUCUAAAAAGCUUUGUAAUUUUUUAAAAAGCCUAUGAUUCUCAUGUUUUUCCUAAUAAAACAUCGCUUGAUUAUUGGAGUUAAAACUAGAGUCAUGUGUGGCAGCAGACAGAGAUACAUAUGUUCUGAGAAAUGUGUUUUUGCGUUUUAGGCGUUUUUGUGCAAACACUACAGAGUGCGCUCACACAAACCUAGAUGACACGACCUACUGCACACCGAGGCUGUAUGCUACAGCCUAUCGCUUGUGCCACAAACCUGCUCAGCACGUUACUGACUGAAUAUUGCGGGCAAUUGUAACACAAUGCUGGGUAUUUGUAUGUCUCAACAUAGAAAAGGUACAAUAAAGAUGUGGUAUAAGAGAUAAGAUUGUACACCUGUGUAGGGCACUUACCGGGAAUGGAGCCGGCAGGACUGGACUUUGCCCUGGGUGAGGCAGGGAGUGGUGAGUGAAUAUGAAAGCCUAGGACAUCAUUGGACACUGCUACAGGCUUCAUAAACACUGCACUCUUAGGCUGCACGAAAUUUAUAAAACAAUACGAGUUUAAGCACAAGAGAAAAUAAUACCAUUAAGAGAUGUGCUAAACACUAGAUGUGUGAUGAGGCUGCUCCCUGGAUAACACAACAUACCAUUUUACAGCAAGCUUUUUUUUAUUAUAAAGUAGAAAGACAAUGCUGUAAAAUAAUGAUAAAAGGUAUGGUAAAUACAUGAACCAGUAACAUGGUCAUUUAUUAUUGUCAGGCAUUAUGUAGUGUGUAUAAUUGCAUGUGCUAUACUUUUAUAUAAUUGGCAAUGCAAGAGGUUUGUUCACACGAGCAUCACCCCGAACACAUCAAUAACACUUGGCAGUGUAACUCUGGAUGGUUACCAAGUCACUAGACAAAGGAAUUUCUCUGCUCCAACAAUAGUCUUAUUGGAUCUAAGAUGGUGGUCCCUCUUCAUCCAAUACUUCUAUGCAGCACAUGACUGCAUUUUGGAAAUGUGGUUCUUUUAUUACCUAAGAAUGUGAAACAAUCCUUAAACACCCCUUAAGGGAAGGAGGGCAGGAAGUCAUUAAUGAAAGCAGAAUUGAAACAGUUCUAAGGGCGGACUGGUCAGGACUUGUCAGCCACUUAUAAUAAGUUGCUAGGAUGUGAGGUGUGGGGUGGGGAGGUGGAGCCCGAAUUUUAAUCAACUGAUUCAGAUAAGAAAACAAAGGCUGUAAGUGGUGAACAUCUGGACCUCUUUAUAACUCCAGUCUGUACUUUCUUCAUUAGUUAGGGCAAAGAACUUUGUAACAUCUCUGGGUGGAGAAAAGAAACAGUUCAAUUUGCUUUAGAAUUAUAAUCAGCCUUGGGCACCAUGCAGUAAGUAGAUAACAAAACAUAAGAUUUGGUUAACUUCAAAGCAAGAAUUACUUUAAAUUCUAACUCAGAUUUCUAAGUAUAAGACGGAAUGAGUACUUUUAGGAGACUGCAGCCUUCACACACACAGAAAAGGAUACAAAACUAUUCAGAGUUUGAUAUAGGAAGAGAGUCAGUCAGCAUCACCUGUGCUUGGCGGGGAACGCAGAGGCAGGCAGGGCCGUGGGAAAGCUGAUUAAAGGUGACUGAAAUGACCUUCACACUCAGCUAGACUAAGCUUUAAACAGCUUUCUUCCUGUCGGCUCCGACCUGCCUUCUCUUAGAGCACUUACUUGGGAAAACUUUGCAAAAGUAAAUUCUUUCUCUGCACUUUGAGAUGUAAAUCUUCCAGCCUCUUGGAACUUUUACAACCUGGAAGCUAUCCCUUUGAAAGCUAAUCAAGAACGACAGUUACCCCUGACCCCACAGUCUCAGUGAGAGCUUGAGCCCAGCCUCAUGAGCAUCAGUCAGUAAACAGGUGGCCUACUGGCAGUGACCAGCCUCCCCUAAAGUCUCCCCAGUACUUUUCUACUAGCUCACCCCAGAGCUUCAAAACCUUCCCACCUUUGGAUGCAAAGGAGUUGAGUUCAAUCUCUGCCCCCUAUUGCAAUAAUCUUGAACAAAGUCUACUAUCUGUUUAAAAUUUAGUGCAAUUUUUCUCGGACAAUAACAAAAAAAGGAAGGCUUCAUGUAUGCUCUAACUGGACGUUAUUGAUAUGGCACAGCUGGGGGUUGGCUGUCUAGAGGGGCCUCUAAUAUAAUUGGUUUAGGGGCUCUCCAGUGGGUCCUGAAUUGGAAGGGUGCAAACCCAUAGGGAAGCUAGCUGGCAGUCAUUAACCAAGUCCCGAUCUCUGUGGGCUGAUUCAGAGGCUGCUGUUUGGCUUCCCAGGCUGGUUGCUCCAGAGGUUGUCUGUUAGAGUUCUACAACAUGAUAAAUACUAUCAAUCUCACAGGAUUUUUCUCUGGGAGUAGUUAAAAAUAUAGUGCCCAACAUACAAUAAAAAUUCAAAAUUACCAAUAUUGUUUUUAGUCUUUUAAUUUUUUUUAAAAAAGGAGCAGAAGACAUACAAACUCAAGAAAUCAUCAAACCCCAAACUGGUGGUUUUUACUAAGAUUCUUCUUUGUCUUUUUUUUUUCACAUAUUAUUAUACAUGGUCUGGACACUGUCAAUCUAUAUAUUAAAUCAUUAACCAUAGGACUAUUUAAAGACAGAGUUAGAAGCCAGAAGACCCAGAUACAAACAAAA